AUGGACGAAGAGCUAGACUUGUUCGGUGCGUUUGACGACACUUCCGCGACGCUCACGACCGAAGAAUUGGCCGCUACAUCGUUAAAGCGAAAAGAUGCACCUGCCAAUUUGCCAAAUGAUGACAAGAAGUUGUCACCUCCUGCAAAGAAGCAGCAAAGCGAAUGUCCAAUCUCGACAACUAUUAAGGUCGUGGAAGGAAGACGAAUAGACGCAACUCCUGUGGAUGGCGAUGAUAAAGAAUCCGCCACUGUAGUAUCUACUGGCACGCAACACAAGAAUCUUAUUUCUUUUUCAGUGUAUCCGCCAGACUACGAGGUUACGCCUACAACGGGUGCAGCAGCUAAGAACCCUGCCAAGACGUAUCCGUUCACUUUGGAUCCAUUCCAGCAGCAGGCUGUAGAUUACAUUGAAGCUGGAGAGUCUGUACUAGUGUCAGCCCACACUUCAGCUGGUAAAACGGCUGUGGCUGAAUAUGCGAUUGCAAAGAGUUUACGAGACAAGCAGCGUGUGAUCUAUACGUCUCCGAUUAAAGCUCUAAGUAACCAAAAAUAUCGAGAUUUAGAAGAAGAGUUUGGUGAUGUGGGUCUUAUGACAGGUGAUAUUACGAUCAAUCCAUCAGCAACGUGUUUAAUUAUGACGACCGAAAUUUUACGAAGUAUGUUGUAUCGUGGGUCCGAAAUCAUGCGCGAAGUAGCGUGGGUCAUUUACGAUGAAAUUCAUUACAUGCGAGACAAGGAACGAGGUGUCGUGUGGGAAGAAAGUAUUAUUUUGUUGCCACAUAAGGUGCGAUUUGUCUUUCUAUCAGCUACAAUUCCAAAUUCCAAAGAAUUUGCAGGAUGGAUCUGCCAUAUUCAUCAUCAACCAUGCCAUGUUGUGUAUACCGACUAUCGUCCUACUCCAUUGCAGCAUUAUGUGUUUCCAGCUGGAGGUAGUGGAUUGCAUCUUGUGGUUGAUGAAAAAGGGAAAUUUCGCGAAGAUAACUUUCAAAAGGCCAUAGCAACGCUUUCAGCAUCUGUGGAAGAUGCAAUGACGGAGUUUACAUUGCAAGGAAUGAACACAAAACGACGCAAAGCCCAAAAGAACAAUCCAAAGAAAAAAGUGGGGUCGGAUGUUUUUCGUAUUGUCAAACUCAUUAUGGAACGUCAAUAUGAUCCUGUGAUUAUCUUUUCGUUUAGCAAACGAGAUUGCGAAGCAUACGCCUUGCUGAUGUCAAAGCUCGAUUUUAAUACAGAAGAAGAAAAACAAUCCGUUGAUCAGCUUUUUAAGAAUGCCAUGGACUCGCUGUCAGAUGAUGAUCGCGCUUUACCGCAAGUUGACUCGAUUCUGCCACUACUUCGACGUGGAAUCGGCAUCCAUCAUGGUGGUCUGUUACCAAUUUUGAAGGAGGUGAUUGAAAUUCUCUUUGGUGAAGGUUUGUUAAAAUGUCUAUUCGCUACAGAGACAUUCUCUAUGGGCUUAAAUAUGCCAGCUAAGACGGUUGUAUUUACAAAUUGUCGCAAGUUUGAUGGUAAAGAAAUGCGCUGGAUUACGGCUGGUGAGUAUAUUCAGAUGUCAGGACGUGCAGGUCGACGUUCACUUGAUGCACGUGGUAUCGUCAUUCAGAUGCUGAGUGAACAGAUGGAGCCACAGGUUGCCAAGGGCAUACUAUACGGUCAAGCUGACCCGUUGUUCAGCACAUUUCAUCUUGGAUACAAUAUGCUUCUUAACUUGAUGCGCGUUGAGGAUGCUGAUCCCGAGUACAUGAUCAAACAGUCCUUUCAUCAGUUUCAAAGCGAACAAUCAGCUCCAGCAUUAGAAGAAGCGCUGGCUCGCGUGAAGGAAGAAAGGGAUCAGAUUGUGAUUAAAAACGAAGAAGAAGUGGCGCAGUAUUAUUAUUUGUCGCGAACUCUUGUGCGUCUUAAAGAGGAAUUUUUGGCUGUUCGUAACAAGCCUGAUUAUCUCGUGCGCUUUUUAAAUGGAGGUCGUUUAGUAAAGCUUUAUUGUCCAGAUAAUGACGAUGCCAAUCGAUGGGAUUGGGGUGUCAUUGUCAACUUUACGACGAAAAACGCCAGCGAUGCUACAUCUGCUACACCAGAUACGAUUGUACACAUACUACUUAAUUGCAUUGUAGAGAAUAGUAGCGCAAAGUCAAAGGAUGCUACGAAUGGUAGCUCUGUCGCUGAGUUGCCAAAGCCAGCACCGGAAGGAAUGAUGGGCUUAUCGUCUACGACAAUGUAUGAGAUGAAGAUUUGUCCGGUACCAUUAGAGAUGCUGGAUUUAGUCGCAACUCUUCGGGUUUAUAUCCCCAAGGAUUUACGGACAUUGGAAAGUCGUCAAGCAGUAGGCAAGUCGUUAAAAGAAGUGUUGCGUCGCUUUCCACAGGGUGUUCCGCUUCUGGAUCCUCGUGAAGACAUGGAUAUUCAAGACGAACAUUUCACUCGUGUUAUUGAUAAGACAGUAGAUGCGGAGCAUAAACUUGAAACUUUGGCUUUCCACAAUGCAACCGACAAGAAUGCUCGAUUUGCAUUGUAUAAUUUAAAAGUGGAGAGUGAAGCUAAGAUACGAGAACUGGAACGACAAAUUAAAGAAUCGAAGUCGUUGGUUCUACGCGAUGAUUUGCGUCGUCGUCGACGAGUGUUGCGACGAUUAGAGUUUGUAGAUAAGGAAGGUGUGAUACAACGCAAGGGACGUACAGCGUGUGAAGUCUCGACUACGGACGAGUUGUUGGUGACUGAAAUGAUUUUCAAUGGUCAAUUUAAUGAUUUAUCUGUGAAUGACACGGUAGCAUUGUUGAGCUGUUUGAUCAAUACAGAGAAGAAAAAAGAUAGUGAUAAACCACCACAAGCUGAAAGUUUGGAGAUUCCUGUCCGACAAUUGCGCGAUACGGCGAAACGCAUUGCCAAAGUCAUGCAAGAGGCGAAAAUGACGAUUGAUGUUGAAGAAUAUGCAGAUGUGUUUAACACAAGUCUUGUGGAUGUCGUGAUUGCCUGGUGUCAGGGCGCCAAAUUUUCACAAAUUUGUAAAAUGUCGGAUGCAUAUGAAGGCACAAUUAUUCGAUGUUUGCGUCGAUUGGAAGAAUUGUUGCGCCAAUUGACGCUUGCAGCACAUUCGAUUGGUGAUGUGGAAUUAGAAAAAAAGUUUGACGAAGGUCGCAAGAAACUGAAGCGCGACAUUGUCUUUGCGGCUUCGCUCUAUCUCUAG